AAACAGGCGAUUGUCAGGUGCACCUCAUCGUCGACAUCUUGCGAUUUCACGCAGGCCGAGUGUCGCAAGAUCAGCAAGGCGCGUCGGACAAUCGAGACCGAGACCGAGACCGAGACCGAAAAGCGAGGGCAAUCGUCGUUGGAGCCCCUCAGCUGGAGCGUGCUGGGCUGAGAGCUCUCAAAAGUGUUGGGCAGUCGUCGCGCGAGACAAAGCGCCGCGCCGCGCCCGCGCCCGCUCCGUGCCCUUCAUUUCCCGCGCUCGACUCUUUUGAUUGGCUGCCUGCUCCAGUCUGCCCAGAAUGUCGUCGCAGUCGCCGCGGCUGCCGCUCCUGUCGACCCAGCAGCCACGACGGUCGUCUGGCUCGCGAGAACGGGCGUCACCGACGAGCAUCAACAGCGCCGGCACCACCAGCACGACGUCGGCCAGCGGAGGAGACGCCCUCUUCUUCCACGCAGGGCCCAGCAGCAGCAGCAGCAGCAGCAGAAGCAACAGCGGUGCGCUCACAGCGGAGCCGGGCACGAUGGACACAGCGUCGAGCCAGGUCAGAGGCGGCAGUGGCCGCCACGCGCCGAUACGACACACGCAGCAGCGUCGGCGCCAGAGCACCAACACGCACAUCUCGGGCAUGGCUACGCCCGAGAUUGGCGACGAGAACAAGGGCAUGUUCCAUAGGGGCGAGUACUACAGCCAUGAUGAUGGCGCCGACGGGGACGAUGGCUAUGACAACAAGCAGAGGGGCCGCAACGAAGGAGGCAAACGGGGUGACAAUGGCGAGCGCGGGGGCGCAGAUGACGACGACGGCGACGACGACGACGACGAUGACGACGACCUCGUGGCGAUCGAGGGCCACGACGGUGCCCGCUCGGCCCGUGACAACGAUGGCGACGACGACGGUGACGACAAUGGGUAUCGACCAGUGCGUGGGAUGACGGGUUCGGCGACAGACUACACGUCACACGCAGCGCAGAGACGAGCAUUCUGGAGCAAGGCCGUCGUCAACCUGUCGCUGAUUGGGUCCUGGUACUGCUUCUCGACACUGAUGAACCUGUACAACAGCUGGCUCUUCUCCAAGAAGCACUACCACUUCUCCUACCCGCUCUUUGUCACCUCGAUCCACAUGGUCGUCCAGUUUGGCCUCUCGAGCGCCAUUAUGUUCUUCUUUGCCAGCAACCCGCGCAUCGUUCCCCGACGACGCAACGGCAAGCACGCACGCCCAGAUGGCCGCGACUGGCUCUCAAAGGUCGUCCCCUGUGCCCUCGCCACGGCCCUCGACAUUGGUCUGUCGAACCUGAGCCUCAAGACAAUCACCCUGACCUUCUACACAAUGUGCAAGUCGAGCAACCUGGCCUUUGUCCUCUUCUUUGCCUUCCUCUUUGGCCUCGAGAAGCUGCGCCUCUCGCUGAUCGGCAUCAUCGCCCUCAUCACCGUCGGCGUCAUCAUGAUGGUCGCCGCCGAGACUCAGUUUGUGCUCGAGGGCGCCGUCGAGGUCCUCACCGCCUCGGCCAUGGGCGGCCUCCGCUGGGCACUGACCCAGCUGCUGCUCGACCGCGAGAACAUCGGCAUGAACAACCCGAUUGCGACAAUCUUUUGGCUCUCGCCCGUCAUGGCCAUUGCCAUGUUCUGCGUCAGCCUCAUCGUCGAGGACUGGCCCACGAUGGUCAACGGGCCCUUCUUUGACGGCGUCUCGCGCUCCCUCAAGACGGUCCUCCUCAUGGUCGUGCCUGGCUUCAUUGCCUUUUGCAUGAACCUCAGCGAGUUUGCCCUCAUCCAGCGGACGUCGGUCGUGACGCUGUCCGUCGCCGGCAUCUUCAAAGAGGUCCUCACCAUCUUUGUCUCGAGCACCAUCUUUGGCGACGAGCUGACGGCCAUCAACGUCACGGGCCUCUGUGUCGCCCUGACGGGCAUCGGGCUCUACAACUGGCUCAAAUACCGCAUCCUCACUGGUCGCAUCCAUGACGGCAGCCCUGGCGGCCUCGCAACGAUGACGGCGGCGGACCGGGGCGCCGGCUACACCCACCUCGCAGGCGAGCCCUCGUCGUCGUCAGUCGCUGCCGCUGCGACAUCGUUCUUCAAGGGCCGCCGGCGAGGGAGAGAGCCGGGGCAGAGAGCGGGCGACGAGAAUGGCGAAGAGAAUGACGUGCUGUUCGACGACGAGCAGCAGGCCGGGUCCGGCGCACCGAGCAGCCUGGCGAUGAGCGAGCGCGACGAGGCGUCGUCGACGAGGAACACGAGCCCCGCCACGCGGUCCCACAGCCACCAUCACCCGCUGUCCGAGGCAGAGCGGCAGAGGCUGGCCAAGCGCGAGGAGGAGGCCGACCUCUUUGGCUGGGAGCACAGCGGGACAACGACGACGGGCAACGGCUAUGUCGAGGGCAGCGACACAGAGUAGCCAGUUCUUGCUUCAUCUCUGUGUCUCUCUUUACUCUAAUCCGAUGCUCGAACAGAAAAAUAGAAUUGUUUUGCUCGUUG